AUGGCUGCACCCAUCGGACGACGGAGCGAGGAGGAUCUACCGCCUUCCACCACCAGGACACUUUCCGCGGAGGCACUGGCAGCCUUCAGUGCCUUAGAGGUGACGCGGCCCGACGUGCUCCGUGCCACGCCCGCGUAUCGCGCGUUGGAGCACUUUGGCUUGGCACUCCGACCUGAUUUUGAUGGAGAUCUACAUUGGAAGAGCGCGAGCACCUCCGUGAUCGACACCUUCUGGUCUCAUUCUUGGCAUGGCGGAUCUCGGAAGAAAAUCCUCACGCUGCUGGUGCUUUACAAUGGCCGCGCAGCCAUUGCCUGGGGCUUUCUCACCGUCUUCAUCAGCGCGCUCUUGUUCGCUUUCGGCAUUCUACCUGGUUUCAAGAGAAACGAGGAGCUGCUUCGUACCUCCUCAUGGUGUUUGCCUUGUGGUUGUUUCUUUGCCUUGGCUGCCUUGAUCACGAGUCGCCCGAGGCAAAAGAGGCAAUCCAUUUUGAGCCUGGCGGGUUUGCUGAAGAAUUCAGAGAAGAUGCUGGUUCUAUGGGAUCAGACGUGGAGUCAGAGACUUUGGUGCCUGUUUGAGUUGGCGGCCUUUCUGAAGAGCAGAUCCAGUCAGAGCAAGAAGCUGACCAUCCAGCCAACCUUCUCGGGUCCCUGCUCUCUCUGCGCCUUCAUCACGAUGUUCGCGGCCGCCUUGCCCUUCACCGCAGUGCCCAUGGAAAAUCAGGUCCGCCUCUGGGUGGUAUAUCCUUUGUUCACGGUCUGUGGAAGCAUCACUGGAUAUGUGGCCAUCUUGGCUUUUCGCGGUUAUUUCCGCUCCAUUGGAAUCCUCGAGGAUCAGUUGCGGUCCAUCAGCUUUGACCACACCAGAAGCCAUUGCUGCGAUGUGGGCCACAGUGACCAUGGCCGGACCAUCAUGUGUGACAGAGAAGUGGUGACGGCCUGCGUCUCGAGCUGGUUCGGCAGCCUGGAAGCCUUCGAACGAUGCUGUCAGGGAGAGGUCUUGGAGGCUUUGGUCUGCGACUUGCGCUACUCUGUCUUCACGCGCAGCUGGACCAUUUGUAUCGCCAGCCCAGUCUUAUGGGCCUCCCUGGACUUAGCUGCGACCUGGGUGGCCAUCGGUGUGUGGUCCAAAGCCAUCGCUUGGCUCCUCGAUGACUUCUCUUGUUGGUUGUUGCUGAAUCCACUCUUUGUGGACUACGUGGUCUUCUUGUCGCGGCGCUACUCAAAAGAGGCCAAGCCUUUUCGAAGAGAGCUGCUUCUCAAUUUGCAAGUGAUGCUGAUGUCGAUGCCUCUACUGGGUCUCAUUGUGGGAUUCUACCUGAUCUUGUUUCUGUGGAAGCUGCCACCAGAGAUUCAAUCGGUCAUCUUCGCUGGCUUUUUGCUUUUGCUCACUACCUGUUCCUUCCUCAUCAAGGCUUUAUGGCCCCAACCCCCUCCAUCCAGGGCGUGCGGCGUAUCGGAGGGCCAUAGCUUGUGA